AUGUCACUUCCAAAACGAAUUAUCAAGGAAACCGAGCGUUUACUAGCCGAGCCAGCACCUGGCAUUAGCGCUACGCCCCAUGAAGACAACUUGCGUUACUUUGAUGUUAUUAUCGCCGGACCUACGCAAUCUCCAUUUGAAGGGGGUGUGUUUCGACUGGAGUUGUUCCUGCCGGAAGAUUACCCAAUGGCACCUCCCAAAGUUCGUUUCUUGACCAAGAUCUACCAUCCCAACAUUGAUAAGCUUGGUCGAAUUUGCUUGGAUAUUCUCAAAGAUAAAUGGUCUCCUGCACUUCAAAUUCGAACGGUUUUAUUGUCGAUCCAGGCAUUGUUGUCUGCUCCUAACCCAGACGAUCCGCUUGCAAACGAUGUGGCACAGCAUUGGAAGGAAAACGACGAGGCUGCUAUUGCUACGGCACGAGAGUGGACGAGAAUGUACGCACAACAUUAA